AUGCUAAAAAUUAAAAAGCACAAAGGUGUUUCCUUUUAUUUCUCAGUAACCCAGGGGAGACUUAAUUUUAUGAUCGAUCGGAAUCGACCUGCAUUGAUAUUUCUUUCUAGAUUUAUUCCUUUUCAAAUGUCUGACCUGUUUCGGUCAGCAUUUAAUUAUUUUAAUUUAUCGCCCGUAUGCGCGGUUCCAAUCGGUAAAAUAGAUCAUCCACUUGUUGGUACAAAUAUUGAAGUUGGUGGUGGUUUUGCUCUUGUUUUCUCAGCACAAGACUCACAAGGCAACUGGUUUGCUCUUAAACGCCAGCUGGCUGCAGAUCGAGAAACUGCUGAUGCUAUUAUAAAGGAAAUUCGUUUUUUACGUGAAUUAACAGAUCAUCCAGCAAUAAUCCGAUAUGUACAAGCUGCACAAUUAAACCAGCAGGAAAGCGGUCACGGCAGAACGGAGUUUUUGCUUCUUACCGAAUUAUGCUCAGGCGGUUGUGUAAGUGAGGUUUUGCAAAGGAAGCCAUUCUCUUUAUCUGAAGUUUUAAAAAUAUUUUACGCUGCUUGUAGUGCUGUAUUUCAUAUGCAUGCUAAGAAUCCUUCAAUUAUCCAUCGAGAUAUGAAGAUUGAAAAUCUUUUGUUCGACAGUUGUGGAUUCGUAAAACUGUGCGAUUUUGGUAGCGCUACGACCGAAGUCUUCUUUCCUAAUGAUUCUUGGAGUGUCCAGCAAAGACAAAGAUUGGAAGAAGAGCUGGCAAGGCAUACAACACCGAUGUAUCGGUCUCCAGAAAUUUUAGAUUUGUAUUCAAAUUUUCCAAUAGGGCCUGCCCAAGAUGUCUGGGCUCUUGGCUGUAUCCUUUUUUAUUUGUGCUAUCGAAGACAUCCUUUUGAAGAUAGUGCAAAAUUAAGAAUUAUUAACGCGAAUUACGUACUUCCUGAAGGUGAUACUGGUUACAAUAUAUUCCAUCCGCUCAUUGAGCAAAUUUUACAAGUUGAUCCAAGAAAACGUCCAAGUAUUGUUAAUCUAUGUGAAAAAUUAAGUUCUCUUGCCAAUUCUUUGUCAGUGGACUUGACUAAACCCCUGGAUGAUCUCCAGCUGCCACAGUUAACUAGCGUAGGCCAAACUUCAGCAUCUAUUAGUGCUACCACAAGCCAGUUACAUCAAGAAUUAAUGAAUAUCGGUGAGAAAGCUAAAAAUUUUGCUACUUCUCGAUCAUCACCUAUUACGCAGCAGAAAAUAGAUCAUGUGCGUUUAUUCGCGAAUAUAGUAUUCUUUGGAAAUGAACAUACUGCACAACAGCAAGCGUCAGCAAUGUUAGGUGCCCUUAAAGAUCAAGGUUUAUCCUGGUUCAAAACAAUAAAAGAAAAAACGACAUCAGUUGCCCAGACAGUACAGUCUACUUACGGUGGCCGUGGGCCUGACAUCACAUUCUUAACAAGUCGUCUGGUGAUCGCACCGCUUAUUGAAGGUGUCCCAGAACCAUUAAGUACUCAAGCUGAGGAAGCUAUGCGUCAGCAUAUUAUCGAGCGAAUGCGAAAUGAUUUCGCAGUAUUUAAUUUAUCUCAGAGAUGUCUCCGUGGUAAUUAUGGUAAACGUUUAAAUGAAUUCCCUAUGCACCAAGUUGGAAGUGGUAUUGCUCCGACGGUUACGAAUAUCCUCGCACUUUGUAGUACCAUCGGUAGAUAUCUGAACGAAAAUAAUACCAAUGUAGUUGUCUUAACAGGUCCAGAAGUUUUUUAUAUGGACAAUCUGAUAAAUUUAGCUCAGUGUAUAUUGCUGGCUGUCUCAUUAAUGUUAUAUGUUCGCUUAGUACCGAGGCCAUUGUUUGCAAUAGAAUAUAUUUGCUCAAAACGUCCUCAUUCUUCUUUGCCUCCUUCUUAUCAUCGUCAAAUUGAUUUACUUCAUACAAUCGUUUCAGCAGAUCCUGAAGCUUUGCAACAAAUAGUUCAUAAUCAUCCGGUUGCUUUGCAUUCCAUUCUGAUUUCUCCUACACCUAUGUUUAACCGUAAUCGAAGUGGUUGCCGACCUGUUAUCGAGAUUUUCGCAGAAGGUGUCAAGGUGUGGUCUUCGUUGAAAAAUUAUGAGGAAUUAAGAUCGUUCGAACUGGCCGAAUAUCCAAUGGUUGAUUUAGAUUUAGGAAAUAUAGUUGUUGAUGGUGAUAUUCAGAUCAUUAUUUAUCAUGCCCGAUGGAUAAAGAUGCAACAUCGAGUACAGCUGCAUUUCAUGUUUUCGGUUGGCUUUCAUUCUAAUUUUAUUCGUCGGAAUAUUCGAAUGUUGGAAUUCACCCGCGGUGAUUUGGAUCAUCAAUUUAGUGAUGAUAGCAAAUUUGGCGAACCAUUCAGAUUUUCACUACUAAUAGUUGGAAUAAGGCUUGAAAUUAACGAUAUUGACCAUGGAUUUAGUUUGGUAGGUAAACUACCAGCUUUUAUUGAUUUUGAAUGGAAUAAUUUUUCGUAUUCGAUUCUUGUUUCUGAUUUAAGCGAAUGCGAGUUGCUUAUGCGAAAUUUGGGCCUCAGCAAGCAAGAGCGAACGUCACCAUUAUCUCAGCAAUCAAAUAAUAUAUCUAAUACGAAAUGCGAGACUAAAUCCAGUGUUGAAUCUAAUGUCAGUAAUUUUUUCUCUACCCUUGAUUGGACCAACGAAAGCAUUUCAAAUAAAGCUGAUCCUUAUUCAAUGGGAAAUAUGAAGAAGAAUUUGCCAAAUAUUUCUGAUCAACCACUACAAUCGCAUACCGCUGAAGCAUAUGAACGAUUGUACGGUAUUCGAGUUUCAAAUAUUGGUGAUGAUGAUGAUUCUGAUCAGUAUAAAUUUGAUCAUGAGAAGGUUGAUAAUCUUAAGCCGUCUGCUGAUAAAGAGAAAAAUAAUUCUGCUUCUUCUGAAAAUAUAGACCUUCUUGGUCUGGGAAGCGAUCUUAGCUCAUCUGCUAAAACAACUCCGAAAGUCGAGCGUCGCAAUUAUUCUCGGUCUCAUUUUGAUGCUAUAAAUUCAAUUGGAGGUAUAUUUUCUGCGAAUUUCAUCUUCGAUUUUUAUCCCGUUCCAGGUCCAAAAGUAAAAACAGGUAAUGAUGCUUUUGGUGAUUUAUUGUCUUCUCAUGGAUUUUCCGCUUCGUCAAGAAAUGUGAAAUCGAUUGGCGAAAUGAAAAGGGAAAAUGAUGUCAAAGAUAUGGAUCCGAUCGCAGUUAAGAUCCGUGACUGGACUCGUGGUAAGGAAAGAAAUAUACGCGCAUUACUUAGCUCUUUAAACGAUAUUUUAUGGCCUGGUAUUGAUAACUGGGAGCAACCUUCUAUGGCGGAUUUGUUAACUCCUACUCAGGUAAAAAAAUAUUAUCGAAAGGCAUGUCUUGUAAUACAUCCAGAUAAACAAACUGGUACUGAGAAUGAAUCGCUGGCGCGAGAAAUAUUCACUGAAUUAAAUGAUGCUUGGACAUCAUUUGAGGCAUCUAACUCCUGA